CAAAAGAUAAAUGGAUGUUGAAUAAGUAGAACUAAACAUUGUGCCCUAAAUAUCUGAUCAAAAUUAGGGGAAUGAUUAAGUCUAAAGUUCAUAGCUUGCUCUAAACACAGUGCUUCUAAAUGCUCGAUAAUCGUAUUUAUUUAAGAAAGGAAAACUUUAAUUAUUAACUUUAAAAAGAUUUACACAGGCUAUAUUAAUUUACAGAAUUUUUUAUGUUCUCCUUUGUAUUAUACCAUUUUACAAAUGUCCGUUUUAAUGCAAUAACACUUUAUUGAAUAUUUUAUUACUUAUAUGUAUUGGAUUAGAAUCGUAAAAAAUACAUAUAUAAUUAGUUUUAAGAUUGUUGAAACAGCUUAUUAGUUAAAAAAGGUGACAUAUUAUUUAGAACUUUUUAUCUUAUAAGUUCCUUAACAAGUUAUUCCAUUUUCACUGAAUGACUUUUAAACGAUAUUUGCACUAAGACAAGCACUCGAUAAGCUACACAUAAAUGCAUUCUAUUUCAGAAUCAUUAUUAAUAUGUAUUUUCUUUUGCUAUUUUCAGUAUUUGGAUCAUAUAUUAUAUAAUAUACGUUGCCUUCUUUUUUAGCAAUGCUAAAUAUUAUACAAGUAUUAUAUGAUAAUAUUUUAGAUGAAUAAAAUGUUACAGUUUGCUUUAUGCUCAUUAUAAUUUCUCUAGAUUCAGCUUUUUUUAUCUUCCCAUACGUAUUUCAUUUUAUUGGAUGGAUUUGCUUGAAAUCUUAUGAUGCCAUUAAAAAAUUAACAUCAAAAAAUAAUGUAAAUAGCUUAUAUAUAUCUAGAAACUGAUUAGAUCAUUAAAAAUAGAGAAAUACGUUGAAGGCUAAUAAUUAUCUGAUGAAAAUAUUUGUAUAAUUUGUUGGGAUUCAUUUAAAAAGGAUGAAUGCUAUUCACGAUUAAAAUGUAAUUAAAAUCACAUAUUUCACACUACAUGCAUAAAAAUAUGGAUUAAAACUAAUAUUACUUGCCCAGUUUGUAGAUCCUAGUUAGUUUGAAG